UGCUACAUUGAUUCCACGAGGGUUAGUUACUAAAUGAGCACCAAAAUAAACGAAAGGGAAACUAUCGGCGCGAACGCAACCAGACAGAAGCUCCUCCGGUAAUUUCUUGCUGGGUGCGAUUUCCUCUUUAAAGGGCUCCGUCGCGCUUUACGAUUGUCGUUCUUUCUGAUGGUAUUUCCUGCUUCCACUCGCACGUUAUCUUAAGAUCAGGGCUUAAUUGAAAAACCAAGAACUUAAAACAACUAAGAUUAUCUUCGCAUGCUAAAUGGGUAAAUCUGUAAUAGGGAAGUAGGUGUUAGCGUUUUAAGUUGGGAGUCCAUGGCCACUCCUUACGAGUCGUGGGACGUUUUCCCCUUUUAUGCUUUUAAACGUCCAGGAAGCCGCAAAUAUCGUUGCCUGUAACUGCGAAGGAAUCCCGCAUGGAUUUUAUUUCUGUCAACCGACGUGAGUUUUAUAUCGGUCUGAGCCUGGCGAUCAGCUCCAGUGUCUUCAUCGGCGGCAGCUUCAUCCUGAAGAAGAAGGGUCUGCUGCGGUUAGCGGGCAAGGGCUCCACCAGAGCAGGGUUAGGUGGCCAUGCCUACCUAAAGGAAUGGUUAUGGUGGGCAGGACUUAUAUCAAUGGGUUUAGGAGAAGCCGCGAACUUUGCUGCCUACGCUUUUGCGCCUGCAACACUGGUUACACCAUUAGGAGCACUGAGUGUUUUGGUGAGUGCUAUACUGUCAUCCUAUUUUCUGAACGAGAGGCUGAACGUUCAUGGGAAGAUCGGUUGCUUGCUGUGCAUCCUGGGAUCAACAGUGAUGGUCAUACAUGCCCCACAGGAAGAGGCAGUCGGGUCCUUAGGAGCAAUGGCAGAGAAACUUAAAGAUCCAGGCUUCAUUGCAUUUGCUGUUUGCAUAGUGGUGAGCAGCCUUGUCCUCAUCUUCUUGGUCGCACCCCAUUAUGGGCAGAAGAACGUUCUAGUAUACAUUGUGAUUUGCUCAAUCAUUGGUUCCUUAUCAGUCUCCUGUGUAAAGGGCUUGGGCCUUGGCAUUAAGGAGUUCUUUGCUGGGCAUGCAGUACUAAAGGACCCCUUGUUCUGGGUGCUACUGGUGAGCCUGGUGGUCUGCAUCAGUGCGCAGAUCAACUUCUUGAACAAGGCUCUGGACAUCUUUAACACGUCCAUCGUUACACCCAUCUACUACGUCAUUUUUACCACGGCUGUCAUGGCCUGCUCUGCCAUCCUCUUCAAGGAGUGGUUCCACAUGUCAGCAGAUGGUGCCCUGGGUACCGUCAGUGGCUUCCUUACCAUCAUCCUGGGCAUCUUCCUUCUCCAUGCCUUCAAAGACAUCACCUUCACCUGGGAUAGUCUUCCGAUGUUCCUGCGCCCUCAGAGCUCGCACUGGGGCCAGCCUUACAUGCCUCUGGAUAGUCAGGAGACACCUGUUGACAAAAAUGCACUUCCUGCCAGAAAAUGCGUCGCGAAAGCAUUACCUCCAGGGUGCUCUAUCUGAAAUGCAGUGUCAUUCCUACUGAAGAAAUUGCAGAGGGAAAAAAAAACCUUUCAUAAUAUUGAAUUAACAGGAAGGAUUAUGUGCCUUAGAGUGUAACUUUAAAGACAGUUUCGGUAAAAUACAUGUGGUAGAUUGAAAAAUUAAUCAUUGUAUACUUUUCAGCGGAAAUCCUGAAUUUUGUGUUCUACUUUUUAAUGUGUGAAUUUUCUAGUUUCCUAUUAACAUUCGAUAUUCUGAUUGAAAAAGAAUUGCAAUCGUAUAAAUGAAGUCGUCAAAUUUUAAAGCAUUCAUUUCAGUAGGUUUAUAGCAGAAAGAGCAGGUUGUGCAGAUGAUUUUAGCAUAUUAGAUUUUUUUUUUUUUUUAAAUGUGCAAAACUACUUCUGUCAAGAAUUUUUUACAAGAUAUAUUUGUUUUAGAAAUUAUUUUUGCAUUUAACAAUGACAAAUACAUUCCUCUCUGUGUACUGGGGUCCUGCUCUGAAUCCACAAUUGUACCAUGUGUUUAACACGUGCUAGUAUUUAUUAAGAAAAAAAUAAUGCUAUUUUAUUUCUUUAAAAAGAAAGCAUGUUACCACUAAAAACUGAGACCCAAUGUUUGUUUUGACACAAAUAAAGUGACACAAAAACUACCCAAGGAGGACAGGAAA